AACCCUUUGGUGUAAACUGUACUGUGCCCCCUGCAAACAUUAAAUGGGAGGCCAAAAAAUCACUAUAGGACACAGUGACCCAGGGACAAGUUUAGCCAGAAAGAAAAAACUGCAGAGGGGAUCUAUUUUCUUCAAUUCUCAUUUCAUAUUAAAAGUGAUUCAUCUGCACCUAAUUUUGAACUAUGCCUUGGCAAGUCAGUGAGGUUGUGACCAGCUUACCUGAGAGAAAGGGGCUAAAUGCGAGGACACUAAAGAGUGGGCACAGGCAGCUUGAAACCCUGAAAGAAGAACCAUCGCUAGAAGAAAAGCCAGACUUUCAUCAGCACUUGUACAGAUGUUUUGGUAAAACUACUGCUGAGUACUUCCUGAAGCCCAAGCCAAAGGCUGUUACAAGAAACCCCUGGAUCAAGAGAGUCCUAGAAGAUCUUGGUGAAAAUGUGAGUGCUGAAGAACUGUGGAGAAUCUUGAGAGAGAAGUCCAAACUCCAACUUAUGAGCUUAUAUCCACAGGGUGGUGAUACUGUCUGGAUGAGAAAGCCUGCUUCAGAAGCAGUGAAAUCAUCCUAUAAUGGUCCCACCAUGAGGCACAAACAGCAUUUCAAAAAUGUCAGCAUGAUGUAUACAGCAUCCCAGAUGAACCAGGAUCAGACCAGCCUCCUUCUCUCCAAGAAACAUUUUCCAAAUCUAAAUGAUCAGCACAUCCAAGGAGCAACACGACAACACCAGCUGCAGAGAGCACGACUGGAAAGAGACGACUGGAAUACGACUCAAGGAAUAGAUCAUGAAUUAGAAGGCAAUGGACAAAUGAAGUCAUCUUUCACUUCUGCCUCUACUGUUGCUGGAUUCAGAGACUUAUCAGACUCUAAUAAUAUCAGAUUACUCAGUGAACGAAAGAAGCAAGAAUACCAGAGAGCAAUCAGCAAACAAGUUUACAUGAUCCCAUCAUCAAUUCCUCAGUAUCAAAAGCAGAGAGAAUAUUAUUUCCCAGCCAUAAAUGAGCAGCCAUAUAAAAGCUAAUAGCCAACAGCUUAUUAUUAUUAUUAGAAAGAAUUAUGUAUAUACAUAUCAUGAAUCUGACCAUAAGUAAAAACAUAAGCAAUCAGAACCAAGUGAUUCAAGUUGUUUUCUUCACUUCAUGUCUUUUAUGGGAUUGUAACAUCUGAACAGCGCCCCUUACUCUUUUCAUAUACAGUACUGCCUAUUAAAAUAGCCUUCCUUCUAAAGCAAUUAACUUUCCAUACCCCCGUAUUUACUUGUUCAGUUCAACUUACUGUCAUUUUUCCCAGUAACAAAGAAGGUUGCCAGUGCUGUAUGCUCGAAGCCUUUGUCAGCUUUGUUCUCUAAUUAAGCUCUA